AUGGCAUCUGAUCAGGAACAGCAAGAGAACAGCCCCGGCGAGGGUCGCGCCGCCUUGGUCGACAAGAUGGUUACCGCUGCUCAGAAUACUGCAGACGGAGAAAGCGGUACGCCAGACGAGUCCGAGCCGGCCACUAUGACCGAGGAAGAUGCGCUGCGCAAUCUCACCGGUGCUGUGAGGGACCAGGACGACCUCGAGCGUGACAUCACCAUACAAGCCAACGCGGCGCUCAUGGAGGCAGAGGACAAAAAGGACCAGAACCGUAUCGUCAAACUAGAUGGAUCGCGGCAGCGCUUGCAGCUUCAGCUCGACAAGGAGAAGAAGAGACUGGAGAAGGUUGCGGGAAACCCGUACCAGUCACGCAACGUCCAGAAGGAAAUCGCCAGAAUUGAAGAAGAGCUUCGCCACGUCACUAGCGACAUCUCCGACUUCCAGGCCCGCAUAGACAAACGACAUCAGGAGGAUCCGCUCGAGUCGACAAACCAUACCAAGUCUAAGAGGCUGCCUGGCGAGAGCCAUCGCGAAUUCCUCAUCCGAACCGGCAAGAUCACGCCCUUUGCCAAGAUUGGUGGCACCCGCCCCGAGGGCUUGGAGGGACAACUGGCUGAUACCAUUCUCGAUGCCGAGGAGGAGGCUGCCGCGGAGCAAUACGACCAAGAUGUCGAAGGGCCAACGUCGCAUCAGCUGCUGAGGCGUCCGGGCUUCGAGGACGAAACGGAGGUUGAGAAGAAGCGUCCCUCGCCUUCCGCAGCGCAAAGCGAAUUCUCUCUUCGACCCCGGAAGAAGCGACGAGUCGAGAGAGACCGUAGCCCAUCGGCAGAUUUUCAGCCUGAAGAGUCUUCAGACUCCGAGUCCGCCGAUGCUGCCAUCUGGCAGCAGAGAACCGAGGACGACCUGGUGCGAAAUGAGCAGCGGAAGCGCGCGGCCAAGGCUAAAGCGCUGGAGCAAGAGCAAAUUGAUCUUAGCAAGAUCGAUGACGGCAACGAAGCGCAUUACCAGAGGCGACUCAAGGACUGGGUUUCUCGACGAAGCCGGGCCAGGAGGGCAAGGCGCCAGCAGGCCGGAGGCGACGAUGCGGUAGCUGAUAGCGACGACGAAGAGGAGUGGUUUAAACCCUCCCCCGACCAUGCCGACCACGUCUUCGACGAUGGUCUGAAGAUGCCCGGCGACAUCCAUCCUUCGCUGUUUGGAUACCAGAAGACUGGUGUCCAGUGGCUUGCCGAACUCUACAAGCAGAGCGUCGGCGGAAUCAUUGGCGACGAGAUGGGUCUCGGCAAGACGGUACAGCUGAUUGCAUUCAUCGCAGCGCUCCACUACAGCAAGAAGCUCAGCAAACCGGUCAUCAUUGUCGCUCCAGCCACCCUGCUUCGGCAGUGGGUGAGCGAGUUUCAUCGUUGGUGGCCACCGCUGCGGGUUUCGAUUCUGCACUCGUCUGGCAGUGGCAUGAUGAACGCCAGGUUCGAAGACGAGUACGACGUGGAGCAUUAUCGGCCAGUCGCGACAAAGUCUCAGGGCGCGGCGAGGCGCAUCGUGAAAAACGUUGUGAACAAGGGUCAUGUGCUUGUCACGACCUACACUGGCCUGCAGACGUACGCCGAAGAGUUGCUCCCGAUCGAAUGGGAGUACGCAGUGCUCGACGAAGGACACAAGAUUCGAAACCCCAACGCCGAGAUCACGGUGACGUGCAAGGAGCUCAGCACACCGAAUCGAGUCAUCCUGUCCGGUACGCCCGUACAAAACAACUUGACGGAACUGUGGUCACUCUUCGACUUCAUCUACCCCAUGCGGCUGGGGACCCUCGUCAACUUUCGCACGCAGUUCGAGAUACCCAUACGACAAGGCGGGUACGCGAAUGCGUCGAACCUUCAGGUCAUGACAGCUGAAAAAUGCGCCGAGGCCUUGAAGGAGACCAUCAGCGAGUACCUCUUACAGCGGCUGAAGGUAGACGUUGCUGCAGACCUGCCGGAGAAGACGGAGCAGGUGCUCUUCUGCAAGCUGACGGACGGUCAACGGAAGGCGUACGAGACGUUUCUCAAGUCUGAUGAGGUUGCGGCUAUCCUAAAUAGGAGACGGCAGUCGCUGUACGGCAUCGACAUUUUGCGCAAGAUUUGCAACCAUCCUGAUUUGCUGGACAAGAGUCUGAAGAAUAAGGCUGGCUACCCGUUUGGCAGUCCCAAGCUUUCGGCCAAGCUGCAGCUGACCAAGGAUCUGCUUCAAAAAGUCAUGAUCCCCAACGGCCACAAGAUGCUGCUCUUCUCCCAGGGCAAGCUAAUGCUCAACAUUAUUGAGAAGUGCAUCAGGGAGUGCGGCAUCACCUAUGUCCGCAUGGAUGGAGAGACACCGGUGGACCAGCGGCAGCCCAUGAUUGACAAAUUCAACACCGACCCCAACAUUCAUGUCUUCCUCAUGACGACUCGCACUGGAGGGCUUGGUACGAACCUCACCGGCGCGGACCGGAUCAUAAUUUUCGACCCGGAUUGGAACCCGUCAACCGAUUUGCAGGCGAGAGAGCGUGCGUGGCGUCUGGGACAGAGCAAGCCCGUCAAGAUCUACCGCCUCAUGACCGAAGGCACCAUCGAAGAAAAGAUUUACCACCGGCAGAUCUUCAAGCAGUUCAUGACCAACAAAGUCCUGAAAGAUCCGAAGCAGCGGAGCUCGUACGACCUGUCGGAUCUGUACGACUUGUUCAGCUAUAACCCUGGCGAUGACCCAGCUUUGCAGCGAAGCGAGGUAUUCAAGGGCGCUGAGGUUGACAUUGGCAAUGCAGAUGGCGCGAAUAGAAAGAAUAGGGAGAGCAGUAAAGGAGACAAAGCAAGCGAUGAGGAACAGCAAGAGCUCGAGCACAUGAAUAUUGUCGCCGGAAUGGAGGAGUACAAGGAAGACAAGUCUGCCCACGACGAGCGGCGCAUGCUCGAAGGCAUCUUUGCGCGUUCGGUGAACAGCGCAUACGACCAUGAGCAAAUCGUCAACGGCCCCCAGAAGCCAAAGGCAGAUAUCAAAGUCCUCCGGCAGGAAGCCAACCAGGUUGCCCGCCAGGCGGCAGCGCAUCUCCGGCAGGCUGCCCAGGAGGCCCGGCGCGUGCCCAUCGGUACUGUUACCUGGACGGGUGAGGUCGGCACUGGCGGUCGUCCGGGUGCCAACCGUCGUCGCGGAGGUCCGAGCUCGGCGGGCAUCAUGAGCAACCUCGCGGAUCGGCAAGGCCUCGCUGAUGGCGUCGCUGGUGGAAGCGGCAGCAGCUCCCGCUCGGGUACACCUGGCGUGGAACGUAACUUGAAGGCCAAGGACUUUGUGGCCAUGAUCAAGACGUUCAUCAACAGGCAUGGCGGACGGGUACCGAGCAAGAUGCUCGUUGACCACUUCAAUCCGUACUGCCCUGGACAGAAGCAGAGCGACGAGUUCAAGACGGCACUGAACCGAGUGGCCAUCAUGAGCAAGGCGAGCGGCGCGGGAAGAGGCAUGUGGACGCUCAAGCCUGGAUUCAAGUAA